AUGAUAAUUGGCAAAGUUUUUAUGCUGAUGAUGGCUAAGAAAAAACUUGAAUGCGGAAAGAAUGAAAAGUAAACUUUUUGGCGUUAGUUUUAAGCUUAGACUAUUAAGGAUUUAAAUAAAGCUUCCUUUUUAGUUUGCUAAAGGUUUCCACUUGGAUUGUGGUCUUUAGGUUUUCUUUUUAGUGUUAUUGGAAUUACUAUAAUUGGGUUAGUAAUGAUGCACAAGCAUAUUUUUCUUGAUGAAAUAGAUGGCUUGACAUAUUUUACAAAGAUGAUUAUUAGUUUAUUAACACUUAUUAGCGGAAUGAUCAUGCUCAUCGUUGCUAAGAAAGAAAAAUUGAGGAUAAAUAAAAACGAAGAUCUUAUUUAUGUAGAAUAUAAAAACAUAUUCUUUAGAGGACAUCUUGAAGGCAGAUAUUUACACAGUCUCAAGGAUUUUUAUGUUGUCAAAAAAGGCAUUUAAACUUUUACAGAAAACACUAUCCAUUAUGUUAUUAGAUUUGAAUUUAAUGAUGAUUUUGAUAAUCUAGAAGUAGCUGAAAGCAGAAGAUUUUUGGAUAUCAAAAAAAAGUAUAUCUAAAUUUGUGUAUAUCUUGAUAAAGAAGCUUAGUAAAUGGAAAAUAUUAAGUUUGUAGAUGAAAGCUAAGUUACUUUAAAUUGGAAAAAAAGAAAUGAAACCAAGAAAAUUAUAAAAAAACCUCCUUAGUUAUCUUCUUAAAACUUUAAAAACCCUGCUGAAUCUUCUUUAAAUUCCUUAGAAUCUGAGACAGUAUAGAAUAAGCAAAUACCUUCUAAAACAUAGAGCUUGAUAAAUAGCAUAAAAAUUUUAAAAAAGUUCAAAGUCAAUGAUGAUUGA